UUGUAUUGUUUUGAUUUAACUCGAAUUUAACACUUAGUUGUUUUAGAUUUAUUUUCCAAUUAUAUAUACUUAAUAGGUUAUGCGAACGUGAAAGUGAUUUCUAAAUAUCAAACAUGUAAAUUCGUGCGUUUUGUAAAUUUUUUAUCACGUUUGAAACGAAUGAAUCGGACCAAGGAAACUAUGCCUUUCCAUACAUGAGUAAUCAAACGAUUAUCGAAUUUCCGUGUGCGUCAAGGACCAGUUCGAUCGAUUAAAUGUUUUCCAUAAUGAACGUUGUGCGAAUUAAUUCGAGAAAUGUAAUUUUUAUUCUACUGGCAAUUUUGUCGACUACCGUGAGACAGGCUUCCAUGGGUUACGAUAGUAUGAUUAAUUAUGCAUUGAAGGAAGCUAAUGCAAAUUCUACACCGGCAUACAGUAGCAAAAAGGAGGAAACGACAAGGUUAUGCCCGAGCGGUAUCGCUUGUUCCGAGUUAAGCGCAGAAUGUUUGAAGUGUAAUUUAAAUUCAAGUUGUAUAUAUGGAACAGCAUACAUUGCCAACUGCUCCGUUUUAGAACACAUCGAUUGUGUCGGCGAGCAAACCUUCCAAAAAAAAUAUGUGUGCCGUUAUUGUUAUCAAACAGAACAUUGGGAGCACGAAUGUCACCAAAGGAAUUCUUGCAGCUCGGUGGCAUCACCUCAACAAUAUUAUAGAACAAAUUGUACGGUGAAUAACGACAUACUAUGUCUGGGGAGACGGCAGUUUAUGAAAAACUUACUGUGCAAUUGGACCGUAGGAUAUCGUUGGUCCACCGCCUUAAUUUUAAGCAUUACUCUGGGAGGUUUCGGAGCUGACCGAUUCUAUCUGGGUCAUUGGCAAGAGGGGAUCGGAAAACUGUUCAGUUUCGGAGGACUCGGUGUUUGGACACUGAUCGACGUAAUACUUAUUUCUAUGAGAUAUUUAGGUCCGGCGGAUGGUUCAUUGUACAUUUAAUUAGCAUAUAAAAAUACGAGCAUUUUAUUUAUUAUCUAUA